GACAGACUGGCGACCUGUCCAGGGUGUCCCCUGCCUUCGCCCGAGUCAGCUGGGAUGGGCUCCAGCACCGCUGUGACCCCAGUGAGGAUGAAGCGGUGUAUAGAGAGUGGAUGGAUGGAUAAACCGCCUGGAUGAUGCAUUUUUGUGAUGAAGGCAAAUUUGAUUUUUGGUAAAUAAUUACUUUAUUAAUUACUUUUAUUUGGUAUUUUUACAUGUUAGAACCAAAAUGAUGUGACAUUUUAAUUUUGAGACUAAUGGAAGACAGACAGGACUUCAGCUUCUCUUAAGGAUUUGGAGAGAGCUGUAGAAGAAGUAAAGAAGGGGAAGUUCAUACGUCAGGUGAAGAUCCACAGAGUGACUUUUCAGCCCAUCAGGUCAUCCAUGAACAAAUGGAGACAGAUCUUACAUUAUAUGAGAUGGAAAAUUUUAAAUUUUACUUCAACAUAAUUGAUGGCACAAUUUACCCCCAACAUGUUUUCUCCAAAGGCUCGACUAACUCCAAGUUUGUUCCCUUUGGAAAGCCAUAUUCCUCAUAUACAAUGACUACACCAGUGUUUCGGCAUUUUACAUAAACCCAAAUUUAUCCACUGUGUGCUUUCUUUACAGUAAAUAUGACAGUUAAAAGUUUAAAAAAUAACAACAUUAUAUAUAUGCUGCUUUGUUUACAUUUGAACGAGGUAGUGCUGCAUUUAAAUCAGGGUGCAGACAGUUCUGCACAGUGUCUUACAGAUUUCAACAAGACAACAGGACUACUUGAAACUAGCAGGACAUUGAGAUUAAUCUCAACGUUAACCUUUCAACAAAAUCCAAAGAACCCAAGAUUUUUGAGACUUCUGGGACAAGAUCAAAAUGAACUUUCAAAGUUCAUCCUCGUCUUCAUCCUCAUCCUCAUCCUCAUCCUCAUCCUCAUCCUCAUCUUCCUCCGAGGGGAGUAUCGCAUGGCAGGGUUUCGAAUUGACAACAGGCUACACGGUGGUGAAAGAACUGAGAGAUGGAGGCUUUGGAAGAGUGCUGGACUGUGUGAAAAACAACACUGAAGAGCACGUGGCUAUAAAGAUGCCCACAUGGAACAAUCUGGACCAUGAGGCAGAAAUCCUGAAAAAGCUCAUGAGCCACAAUUCAAAGGAGUCCAACAUCAUUGAAUACAAAGGAGACGUCUUCUUCGAAGAUACGCGGCUCCUGGUGCUUGAGAAAUUGGACAUCGACCUGUGGGACUACGUGGAGAAUUUCGCACAGCCAAUGCGAAUGGAACACGUCCGUACAGUUAUUCAGCAGAUGGCUGUUGCUUUGAAUGCAACAAAGAGUGCUGGCAUAAUCCACUGUGAUGUGAAGGAGGAUAACAUCAUGAUGGUGGAUCAUGUGAAGCAGCCCUUCAAAGUCAAGCUGAUUGACUUUGGUUUGGCCAAGUACAGAUCCGAAGCCCAAGCAGGAGAGCUAUUCCAAGUACUUGAAUAUAGAGCUCCAGAAAUCACCCUGGGCCUGCCGUAUUCAGAGGCCAUCGACGUUUGGUCCUUAGGCUGCGUGAUGGCCUGGAUGAUGACUGAAGAUAGUCUCUUCGGAUCAGGCUCAGACUCGGAAUACUUUACACUCCGACGCAUGAUCCGUCUGCUGGGUCUGCCGCCGCAACAUCUCAUCGAUGCUGGCCUGAGAUCGCAAUUAUUUUUUCAGAAAAAGUCUGAUGGUUUGUGGCGGCUGAAGACACCUAGAGAGUAUUUUGAGAGCGAUCUCGUCCACUCCGACCCCACGGUUUACAAGUUGGACUCUCUGGAUGAAAUGAAAACGGUGUAUUCUGAGACGGACAACCCAGCAGAGGCUGAUGAGAGGAGGGAGUGCAUCGAGCUGCUGAAGGCGAUGCUUCAGUGGGAUGAGGACGACAGAAUCACCCCCAGUGGUAUCCUCAACCAUCCUUUCAUCACCAAAAGCUACCUCAACAGCAGCUCCCCCACCAGGAGUUGCGAUGAACCGAAACCCUCCACCAGCAAGUUCAUCAUGGUUAAGCCUGCAGACCCAGAAAACAGAAUUAACCUGACAGGCUUGCCCGAUGAGGACGAUGACCUUAAGAGCAGUGAGCACGAGGACAGUGACGACGCUGACACUGCCGAAGACACCGAGGACAGCAAGGAUGGUUAUGAUGAUGAAGACACUGAAGUCAAUGAGGAGCAGAGAAAGACAAUGAAGAAGAACUGCUUCCAACGUGUCUUCUCUUGGAUUAAGAAGAAGUUCUGCUGCUGCUGUGUGUCCGAUGUGAUGAACUGAGCAGCAGUGAUGGACUGGACUAACAUUUCGGACUCACAGUUCCUGACCUCAGAAUCCUUGGCUGGCUUUCUUGUUCUCUUGUGUUUUGAUCUCAUGACUUUUCUGUAUCCCGUUCUCAGUCUUCUUUCCCCUCACCCCAACCGGUCGAGGCAGAUGGCCGCUCUGUCUGAGCCUGGUUCUGCCGGAGGGUUCUUCCUGAAAAAGGGAGUUUUACCUCCCCACUGUCGCCAAGUGCUUGCUCAGACAGGGAAUCCAAAGGAAAUUUUGGAUUUGUUGGGUUUCUCUCUAUAAUUUUGUCUUUACUUUUGUCUUGAGAUCACACAUUUGAACUUGUAAAUAAAAUGGAUUGAAAAUGAA